ACACAUACAUACAAAUUCACUACUUUCUCUCUCUAAACACACACUCUCUCUCUCUCACUCAAAAACACACACUCCAGCCACUAUUUUUUUCAGUGAUCAAUUAAAAUAGGGAAGCAUGGCAAUUUCGAGUACAUACUCUACGAGUUCUUGGAUUAAGCCCAAAUUGGCUAAUUCAUCGAUUUCGGAGAUGGGGGUAUUUUCGUCUUUUCACAAUCCUAAUAAUAGAAGAACCACUACCCGGAGAAGCAACGCCACCAACAAUUUCAAAUGCUCUCUCCAAACUCCGGCGAUCGUUUUCCCCAAAACAACCCACCAAACACCUUCCGCCAACCCGGAAUCCGCCGCCGCCUCCGCCGCAGCAAAGCCGUCGGAGCGAAAACGGAACUUGAUUCAGAAAGCGGCGGCAAUGGCCUUGGACGCCGUCGAGAGGGCAUUAACAGCCCACGAGCUCGGCCUCCCUCUGCCCAAGACAGCCGACCCGGGUGUCCAAAUCGCCGGAAACUUCUCGCCGGUGCCGGAGCAUCCCGUCACCCACAGCCUCCCCGUCGUCGGAAAAAUUCCGGAGUCCGUCCGAGGCGUGUACGUCAGAAACGGCGCCAAUCCUCUGCUGGAGCCGCAGGCCGGCCACCACUUCUUCGACGGCGACGGUAUGAUCCACGCCGUCCAAUUCGCCGACGGCGCCGCCAGCUACUCCUGCCGGUUCACGGAGACGCAGAGGCUCGUCCAGGAACGCGCUUUGGGCCGCUCGAUUUUCCCCAAGGCAAUCGGCGAAUUGCACGGCCACUCGGGAAUCGCGCGUCUGAUGCUUUUCUACGCGCGUGGGCUCUUCAAGCUCGUCGACCACGGCCAAGGCUCCGGCGUCGCCAACGCCGGAGUCGUCUACUUCAACAACCGCUUAUUAGCCAUGUCGGAAGAUGAUCUUCCCUACCACGUCAGCAUCACCCCCGCCGGAGACCUCAAAACCGUCGGCAGGUACAGCUUCGACGGCCAGCUGAACUCCACCAUGAUCGCACACCCCAAAAUCGACCCCGUCUCCGGCGAACUCUUCGCCCUCAGCUACGACGUCGUUCAGAAGCCGUACCUAAAAUACUUCCGAUUCUCGAAAACCGGCGAAAAAUCAGCAGACGUCGAAAUCCCGCUCGCCGAGCCGACAAUGAUGCACGAUUUCGCAAUCACCGAGAACCACGUCAUCAUCCCCGAUCAGCAGGUGGUGUUCAAGCUGUCGGAAAUGAUCCGCGGCGGCUCUCCGGUGGUGUACGACAAGGAAAAAGUAUGCCGAUUCGGCGUUUUGAACAAAUACUCGUCCGAUUCGUCGGAGAUGAAGUGGGUAAACGUACCGGAUUGCUUCUGCUUCCAUCUAUGGAAUGCAUGGGAAGAAUUAGAAACCGACGAAAUCGUGGUCAUCGGUUCGUGUAUGACUCCGCCGGACUCGAUUUUCAACGAGUGCGACGAGGGUUUGAAAAGCGUGUUGUCGGAAAUCCGUCUCAAUUUGAAGACCGGCGAGUCAACGAGGAAGCCCAUCUUGUCGGAGACCGAACAGGUUAACUUGGAAGCGGGCAUGGUGAACCGGAACAAACUCGGGAGAAAAACCCGGUUCGCGUACCUUGCAAUUGCGGAGCCGUGGCCUAAAGUUUCGGGUUUUGCCAAGGUGGACCUCUUCACCGGCGAAGUCAAGAAAUUCAUGUACGGAGACGACAAGUACGGCGGAGAGCCUCUCUUUCUCCCUAGAGACUACCCCAACUCAUCCGACGAAGAAGAAGACGAUGGAUAUAUUCUCGCCUUCAGCCACGACGAGAAAAAUUCAAAAUCGGAGCUGCAAAUCGUGAACGCCGUUACUAUGGAAUUGGAAGCUUCCGUCAAACUCCCGUCGAGGGUUCCGUACGGAUUUCACGGCACAUUCAUCGGCGACAAGGAAUUGGCAAACCAGGCAUGAUGAUGAUUCUUGAAUCACUAGAAUCGCGUAAAGUCCGAGUUUUUUUUACUAUUAACGACUUUUUAAAAAACGGGUGGAGAUUUAUUUACCAGAGGGGUGGUUAGUUAUAUACAUCCCCGGAGUUUCUCCUCUGUUUCGUGAUUCGUGAUUCGUGAAUCGUGAUCGAGAUCAAACCUUUUCUUUUUUUUUAUAUUUUAUUUUAUUUUAGGGAAGCAGCUUGUAGCUUUGGGAUGUAGGUAGAGAAAUGGAAGCUCAGCUGGUUUUCUCCUUACUCUUUCACAUCUACUAUGUGUAAUGUGUGUGUAAAAAUGAAAUAUAUAUAUAUAUACAGUUAUA